GUUGCUUGCGACGAUUCUGUAGCAGAGGUUAGCUGAGCAGAGCAGGGAAUUAAUUGUUCUUGUUGGUAGCACGAGAACGGCAGCUUCCAGAGAAAUUAAUGGCGGAUAAGGCCGCGGAAGAGAUCUCCACGUACAGCCACGCACCGAACCACUCCUCCAUUCCGGCCACCGACAGCACUAUUUGGGCCGACGUCUCGCCUCUCCUCGAAGCCGCAUGUAGAGAUCUUGGAGAUGGGGAACUCAUUCAUGGGAAUAAUUUCAAUCUUUAUGCUGCCAUGGCUGCUUUAGAGAUUAUGGAUCCAAAAAUGGAUUCAGGUAUUGUUUAUAAAUACUAUUCUAUUGAUGAAGCCAUUGAAAACGGUGCUGCUCCAGUUCCUAUUAGCCUUGAUAGAACUGUUGAUGUCCAAUGCACUAUUGACGUCAUGGACCAUCUUCUAGCCUGUGAGGCAGCAUGGCACAAGGGUCAUCCUUUGGCACAAACUGUCUUUUCAUGCAUCUAUCUUCUGAGGCCUGAUAGGACAUCGUCACAUGCCUUACUACAUUCUUAUUGCAGAGUUAUACGUGCAACCUGUAAAGCAGUUGUUUCAGUUGUUUCGGAUGCGCGAACACAUGAAGAGGAGGAUCUUUUCACGAUGACUUAUGGUCUUCCUUUAAAUGGGGAUGGGGAUGAGAAGUGCUUGUCAAUGUUGAAUGCCGUUGAAGAGACAAUCUCUCGCCAGUUGCGUGCUUGUAAGGCUAUACCAUCAAAAAGACGGGUAGUAGAGGAUUUAGAGCCAUUACAGUCUGAUCCUAAUCUGGAAGAGGGUUACUGCAAAGCUUUGUUAUGCCGUUUACGCUUUCGUAAGCAUUUUUACCAUGUUCUUACAUGCAUGAAGCGACCACAAGGAAGAGGAUUGGAAUUGGCAAGAAAACAUAUAGUGUCAAGCAUGUCAGAGUUGGAAUCCAUUCUCAAAUCUGCAGAUUUCCUUAGGUCUGACACUAGUUGUGUAUGUGAAGAUGGCAUAGAAGAAAAAACAACUGCUUCUGGCCAUCAACCAGUUGGAUUUGAUGCUAGUUUAAACAUUAGAUUAUGUGCCCCCACACCACCUCGUGCAAGUAAAAUUCCUAGCUGGAAAAAGGCCAUCGACUAUUUUGUAAAACUUCUCCAUGAUUUAGAUGCUAUAUGUUCCUACUCAUUGGACCCUCAUUUCGAAGGUCUUCUGCGUUUUGUGGUUCAAUUCCAGAAGUCUCAACCUGAUCUGGUUGCAAGGGCUCAUCUUCAGCUUCUGCUUGUUCAAGAAGGGAAACUUUACGGUAGGGACUCAAUCUUUGCUGUUAUUACUAAGGCUGCUGCACUUCCUGAAGCUGUUAAAAACCAUGAUCUCCAGAAGAAUGAAUCUUUUUUACAACUAGGACAGUUAGUUAUGAAUUUGCUCAGAAUCCUUUGUACAAAUAUUGCAUGGCAGAGGCGUAAACUUGGGAAGAUUUUACAAGAUUGGCGUGUUAUUUAUGUACAGCUAGAGCUUGCUUUUAGAAAUGAGUUUGGAGAAGUCUCAACCAGUUCAAAUGAUGAGAAUACAUGUUUAAGGAUAUUCCAACACGUACUUGUUUGGGUGGAGGAGCAAACAUUCUGGAUAGCUUGUAGGUUUCUUAUGUUAGGUUUUGAAUUGGAGCUCUAUUCUCCAAGCGAAUACUGCAUGGUAUACUGGUAUCUAUAUGCUGUCUUGACCAAGCUUGCGGAGAAAACACAUCUUAAGUUGGCAUUGACCCAUGAUAUUGCCAAGCGGAAGGGGAAGAAAAAAAGGGAUUCUUCAAAAGAUGUUGGAAGGGAAUCUCGGAUCCCUCCAGCAGUCUUGUUUCUUCAGUGUUAUAUUUGUCUUGCCGAAGGUCUUACUAUGAUGCUUGCUUCCUUGAGGAAUGAACUCCAGGUCUUACAGAGUCCAAGCCCCUUCAAUACUGAGCAUGAGAAAUUUGUUCAGCAUUUUGAGCUAUUACAGAAAGCUUGUAUUCCCGAUCAUGUUACCUAUCAAUCGUUCAAGGAAUGCACAACCUAUGCACGCUUUUCUACACUAGUUAUGUAUAACUACUUUAAGGAUGCUCAAAGGAUUGCCAAGGAGAUUAAGAAUAAUUUUUCCAAUGAUCCGGAGAGAGCAGCGGAACUUCGAAGUUUAGAGCAGGUUGCAGAACAUAAUAGUGUUGCCUUAAGUAUCAUUUCCAGAGUAGGAGCACUUGACCCAUCUCUCAAGGUUUCUUUCGAGUUCAGCCAUCAUCCUUAUUUUGCAACUGCUGUUGUCAAGAGAUCCUGAGAGUUCUUUUAAUGAUCUACACCAAUUUUGGAAUCCAUUUGUAGGAUUAAGAGGCAUAACCUAGUAUUACAUGUAGCAAUUGUAACAUCAUUAUAAGUUCAAUUAAGUCUUUUAAUAAUUUUGUUUGAUUUAUGUCUUGAUAGGAAAAUAAGAAUAGAUAUUUAAACACAUUUUUUCCAUUCUCUUUCGCGACCAAAUCUACGUAUGUAGUAUUGUGUUUGGGAGAGCGGCGAUCUUUGUGGGUGUGGAAGUUUCUAUUGUCAAGGAUUUUUAUUCAAAUUUCUUACCGUCCAAACAUGUGAUGCUAGGAAAUGAAGAAAUUGUUGUCAU